AUGGGGUUUCUUGAUAGCUCAAAACCUUGUCCGCCAUUAACAAUCACUAGAGAUAACAAGGAGGAGCCAAAUUCUACCUUUCUUUAUUGGUCACGACAAGAUCAAUUACUGCUUCAUGCCAUUGUUGCUUCAAUUUCAGAGCCCUUAAUUCCCCUCAUAGCCUCAUCCAAAACUUCUUCUGAGGCUUGGAAGAAGCUUUCACGGCUUUAUGCUAACAGCUUUCGAUCCAGAGUAAUGACAUUGAAAGAUAAGCUUCAUGUUCCAAGCGACAACAAAUCUAUUGUAGAAUAUGUGCAAAAUCUCAAAACUAUUGAUGAUGAACUUGCGUUAAUUGGGUCAUCGGUAUCUAAUGAUGAUCUUGUUCUUCAUAUUCUGAAUGGUGUAGGCUUCGAGUAUCGUGAAAUUUUUUCUGUUGUUCGAGCUUGUGAAACCACUAUUUUUUUGGAAAAACUUUAUGAUAAGCUUGUUGAAUAUGAACAUUAUCUUAAACAAGAGGAAAAUAGUUCUGUCGUUAUCACUGCAAAUGCUGCAUCUCGUUCUUAUAAUUCAAAUCAAAGAGGACACACUAGCUUUAAUAAUCACUCUCAACAAGGGCAAAAAAAUUACAACAAAGAGAGUCCUCAAUUUCAGGCCUUGCACUCACAGGACCCUAUAAUGGAAAAUUUCACUGCUGCUCCUCAAACACUGUCAUCCAACUGGUUAGCUGACACAAGCGCAUCCCAUCAUGUUACAAGUGACUUGAGUAAUCUUUCAAUUCAGUCAGACUAUGAUGGUACUGAUCAAAUUGAUAUUGGAGAUGGUUCAGCAACCCAUGUUUCAGAUUGGUGUUAA